GGCCGAGUUUGUCACCGAGUUGGAAAAUGGAUACAGAUGCACACAGUGUAGUUUCCUUCUGCGAACUCCGUUUCAAACCGCAUGUGGCCAUCGAUUUUGUAAACAUUGCAUCGACUUUAUAAUGUCAGGUCCUAAACUGUGUCCCAAAGAUAAGAAAAUUCUACGUGAACACGAAAUCUUCCGUGAUAGAAACUGUGAACGCCAAAUCGUACAACGGUUAUGCUUUUGCUCCUGCGAAGAGCGCGGAUUCACGUGGUCUGGCCCUUUUGAGUUACUUGAGGCCCAUGAGGCAAUUUGCCCGUACAUGAUAAUAUCCUGUCCAAAAGAAUGUGGAAGGAAGCUUCCUCGUAGGAAAAUACACGAACAUUUUUCCAGAGACUGUCCAUUAGCUAUUGGAAGCUGUCCAAUGGAUCAAUGUGAUUUUCAAGGCCGUAGCAGAGCAGAGCUCAGAAAGCAUCUGGAAGAAAGUAACGUGGAACAUAUCUACAUGUUGCAAGAUACAAUACAUGCGUUGCGUUCCAAAAAUGCCAUGUUGCAGGCGAAAUUAUCGUAUUCACAACGGAGACUGUAAAAAUAUAAGGUACGGCGAUUGUUUCCUGUACGGCGUUGUGCUGUUGUUAGUCGUAAGUCAAAUGAUUAACGAGCAUCGAAAAAUCAUAGAUUUUUACACUGUAAGUUAGGAAUACGACGCAAACCGUCGUAUAUGCGAAACUCGAUAUGUUUUCAAGCAGUUGUUCAAAGGUCUUUCUCUAGUUGACGGCGAAAAUGUGUUCGAAAAUUUACACAUGUACGUUUUAAAAAGUCAACUGAAUUACGUUUAAAUUGCAUAUUCAUCAAAUUCACAAGUAUAUAUAUCUGCAUGUCUAGAUGCACGAGAAUGUCAUGUUAUUCUUUGACUUCGAAUAAUUUCAGUUAUUUAUUCCAUGCGGUUGCGACAUAGAAUGCAAAGUGUUGCAACAUGUAUAAUAAGCCCUCGUAUUUUACAGAAAAAUUGUGUAUAAAUUGUACCUUUUACCACUUAUGUUGAUCAAAGUUGAAAUCCCAUAUUUUAUAUACGAAGUUCAAAUUCGAUGUAUUUCGUCUGUACUCUGUAGACUGUAGGAAUUACUGGCGUCGGUGGCUAAAUGCAUAGCGCUUUCAGUAUAUGCUUUCCAAAAUAAGCGAAAUGAGUGCCAACUUCGCUCAUUGAAUCAUUUCCUCAAUCGGAAAGUAAUUGAACAGGCAACAACAUUUUUCAAAUCACAGCUUUCACGUAUAACAACAAAUACCCUUAUGAGACUUAAGGAUGUAUAUUACUUUGCAAAUAUGACACGUCAUGUAUUUAGACGGCUUAUUAAUACUACACCAAA